AACAACAAUGGUUGCAGGCUAACGUUUUGAUAAUUUUCUACACGUUUUUAGUGGUUUUUCUAGACAAAUUUGUAAUUUUUCAUCGUGAAAACAAUAAUAUACUCGUUUAUAAUACAAUUAGCGUAAAAUGCUUCAUGAAUUGUUGUUGAUUGUGACGAAAAGCUCACUGCCAUAGUGGCACUUGGCGGGAGUAGGAUUCUUGAACUCUUGUAAUCUCAUUGUUUUUUGACCAAAAAAUACUAUUUUUGUGGUGAAAAUAAGUGAUUAGACAUGGCUGCGAUAACGCCGCGUCGUUCAGCGCGGCUUCCUCAUCAACACACACCGAAAAUGUCUGAACGGAAGAAGGGGCUUUUCCAAAGCGAGUCUGAGACUUCACGCGAGUCCCUAACGAAGCACCGGCAGCUGACCGUUCUAGACAGUGAGAGCGAGAGUGAUGAUUGCGAUCUGGGCAUCAUGGGGACCCUGGAUUCCAGCUCGUGUGAUGAAAAUGAUUCCAACCUCCCAAAGACCCCUGAGAGGAAGGUUUGGCUUGGUACAACAAGAAGCCAGUCAAAGAAGUUGCUCAAGGAGUCACAUGAUCUGAAGAACUUUAUUAAGUCUCCAUUUACAUUGACGAAGUUCCAAACAAGAUAUUCUUGCGCAGAUUCAAAAUGCACCGGAUCUUUGUCCACCCCAGUGACUCCACACCUGCAGAACCACCCUAGCACUCCAUCUUCAACUCAUUCCUGUGCGAGUGUGCACACAACUUCCUCCACCUCCAGCAGGGCUCGUAAAAGCCUUGCCAGUCUCAUUGCAGACACUGAGAGCUGCAGCAGCUCACUAAAAGACCUCAACUUCGACUCUGACUCUGGUGCAGAUUCUAAAGAGAAUACUCCAUCCAAGUCCUUCAGAAGAUCAAGCAGGAGACAAAAGUUGACUCCCAAACUGCAAAGCUUUAAGGGAAUUUUAAUGGAACAGAAGAAAAACACAACCCCAAUGAAGUACCCAGUGGUUUGCCUUACAAAAAUGGACAUGAGCAGCAUUGUGUCUCCAACACAGAUGCUUAAAACUCCUCAUAAUACUUCUGAAAGCAACAUUUCUCCUCCCAAGCUGAGCCACAAUCGUCGUUCAGUUGUCCAAAUUGACGAAAGUCCAGAGUCUGCUUGUGACAGUGAGAAAAGUCACAAGAGGCUCAACUAUGAUAGUAAGUCAGACAAUGGACCAAACUCGAAACAUCCUAGACUGGACACAAGCACAGCUCCUAAAGCUAGAUUGUCUCUAUUCAACAGUGAUAGAUUGAAGGAGAUAUUGUCUGCUAAGUCCUUCUAUGGCAAAUCUAACCCUGACUUGAACACUGCAGUCGCUACCAAAAUAUCAAGCGCGAUAGAGGCGACACAAUCGCAUCGACGUCGCCUGUUUCCUCAGUCGCACUCUAACAAGCGUAAAAGGAAACCAGGGCAGAUAAACUUGGGUGUGAGGCAUAGGAUUAGGAAACCUAAAGUACAUAAGAAUAAGCUUGCAAGUCUAAGGAGUGCUAUGGAGGCGAAUGUGUCGUCUGGGAGUGCGAUGAACAGUACAGCAUCUAGUGGGACCCUCAACAACACAAUGAUAAGCCAGAAUGAUAGCUCUAUGCUGAGUCAAGACACUUCACAGGAACUUGACAAAGCCGACCCAUUUGACAAAGAGAAACAAACAAUAGAGGCGCUACUCAGCCAAUGGACCGAGGAGGAGGUACCUGAAUCUGAGCUGAAGAAGCCCGAGCUCCCUUGCUUCAGCAAGACCGUCAUAGAGGAGACAAACCAGAUCUUCCAACCAGUAACAGCUGUACCAGUGUCCAUUCAGAACAUUCCACAAGAUACUGAAGCUGUUAUUGUAGAACUAGGAGCCCAGAAGACAGAAUUGGAGACUAAUGAAACAGGGCAUAGUAUGGGAUUGUCUGAUGUAGUGAUGGCGGAACCAGGACAUAAGGAUAAUCAUGGAGGCCUGCCCAAAGGAGACUUUCUUCCGGUUGAAGGCGGAUAUAUCUUAGUUGGUGAUAGCGUUGCGCCGCCAGCGCAAGAAGAACUACCCGACCUGGAUGAGAUCGAGCGGGAGCUGCGGAUGUUAGACGAGCAGAUCCUACAGAUGGCGCAGAGCAACAACAUGGACGCGCACGCCGUGCUCGCCUCCACCGAGACUGCGCCCGUCACCACCGAAUCACCUUCAACUCCUACGGCCGGUGACGGCAGUAUCAAGCCACAUAAGUUGUUCCCGAUCUUCAGUAAACCCAAUCCUGGCACGCCGACCACACCUACAGCUAAAGGUACAUCGGACAAAGGCAAGAAGCCGCUCCUGAGGACUGGCAAGGACCAGUACGUCAUCGAUGCUGGACAAAAGAAGUUCGGAGCGACUCAGUGCGCAGAGUGCGGGGUUAUAUACCAGAUUGGCGACCCUCAAGAUGAGCACGAUCACUUGGUACAUCACAAUGCUACUGAUGUACUCAAAUUCAAUGGUGUGAAAGACGAGUGCGUAGUGGGCACGUCAGGCAGCGCGCGAUGCGUGCGCAUCCGCGGCGGCGAGCCCGGCUGGAGGAAGGUGGAGGCGCUGCUGGAUAGAGUGGUGCACCCGCACCUCGGGUACGGGAGUGGCCUGCCCAGGGACCAGGUGGAGCUCUACACUGCGUACCUCUACAUCGACAAGAAGCAGAUCGUGGGUUGCUUGGUAGUUGAGCCGAAGCUGCGAGCAUACAAGCUGAUACCCGGCGAGCCAGACUGUUGCAGCGUCGAGGAUUACCCUGUCAAGUGCGGCGUGUCCCGCAUAUGGACGCACAUCUCGUACCGGCGGCGCGGGCUGGCGUCGCGGCUGCUGGAGUGCGCCCGCGCCUCGUUCCUGUACGGCGCGGCGCUGCGUGUCGACCACAUCGCCUUCAGCGCGCCCACCGCCGCCGGGAAGGCGCUCGCUACGGCCUACUGCGGCACGCCUAACUUCUAUGUCUAUAUAGAUUAGCACGUGAGUUCGAUUUUGUAGAUUUUUGGCUUGUAAUAGUGUCGUAUAAGGGUCAAAACAUAUUUGUCAGCAAAUAAUCGCACUCUAAUUCUAUCCUUGUCUAACCUAAGAGAGAGAGAGAGACGCACGCGUCAGAAUUGACGAGGCGAUAGCGAGCGGUCGGUCUCUCUCGCUCUAGCAAAUUACGGUUCUGAGUAACGGAAAAGGAUAGAAGCAUAAGAAAGUUCGAUGAGGUGCUGUCAGAUGUGGUUCAACCCUAAGAAGGGAUAAUGAAGAAUAAUUCAUCUAUAAAAUGUAUAGAGUGGGCCGUGAAGAUACAGACAUUUUCUAGCAACGUUUGAUGUAAGCGAAGGGCUCUCCAAUGAUUAAACAUUUACAAAAUGUUAUGUUUAUAGACAUAAAAGAUAAAUGCAGCUCUCUGUUAAGACUUGCGCCCUGACAAAUGCUCAGCACACAUUGCAGUGUCUAUGGAAAUGUGUUAGUGUUAAAAUAGCUUCAAGAAAAUGUUGAAGUUUCCCUCUAGUGAUUUGGAAGAAACUUUAUAAUGUCUGAAUCUUAAUUUUUUUUAAGUAAUAUGGAUUAGUUUACGGGUAAUCGUCUAUUUUAUUACCAUAAGAAUUUCUGUUUAAGUUGUUGGAAAGUAGAGACAAUUGGCUUCUUGACAGUUUUCGGAUAAGUUUAAAAAAAAAUAACAGACGAUUAUUUUAUACCUCUUAAUAUUUUAUUUUCUCGAAAAACUUUAUACAAUAUAAAAAACAUAUUUUUCUUAAAUUAUUUUGAAUUUCUCGCGUAUAACCCUUUACGUCAACCGGUCAUGUUUUUUUUUUGACGUGACUUAUUGUAGAUUGCAUAAUUGCCGCUGAUGGCAUUAACUACUUGGCCGGACAAAUGGGGAGCACUGAAGGCUCUCACCAUAUUAUGCUCGGUGACGUCACAUUUCAACAAAAAAAAACUGUCAAACAGUAUAACUUGAAACCUGCCAGAUAGUUUUUAUUUUGUGAAAUGUGACGUCACACGAAGCUCAAUCAUGGCCGCCCGUGUUUCGAGUCUUGACUUGUCUCACAGAUAAAAAAAAUCGCAUUAUUGUUUUGUAAAAAUAAAAUACAUAACAUAACAUAAAUAGCCUAUAUACGUUCCACAGCUGGGCACAGGCCUCCCCUCAAUCAACCGGAGGGGGUAUGGAGCAUACUCCACCACGCUACUCCACUGCGGGUUGGUGGAGGUGUAAAAAUAAAAUAUUUCAAAAUAAUCUUAAUAAAAAAAAACUAUUGGAUUAUUAUCGUAAAUUGAUAAACUACCAAAAGCGACAUAUGUAUUUCAUAUUUUAUUGUUACAACUGUCAAGUAACCAAUUCUGACCUGCUUUUUCUAUAUGACUAAGUAGUUUUAUCUGUUGUGAUUAUUAUGGGACCAGUUUUUAAAUUAUUAAAACAAAAUAAGCUACUUAAAAACCUACAAUUAGAUGAGGAAACGCUCAUAUAAAAGUGCCUGUUUGCGAGAUUCUAUAGAAUUCUCAAGUCUGAAACAAAGUGCCAAUGUUGAUGUAUUUUAUAUAUUAGGAUUUUAAAAACGAACCUCUUUAGAUUUAGUAUUGAAUUUUGUUUAGUUUCGUGGAGUUUUAGAUGUAUAAUUAUGACGAAUUUUGAUGAACGGACAGAUAUGAACUUCUCUACUUGAGUGGCUUUUUUGUUAAUCUUUGGACAUUUCAACGAGGAACAUUACAAUUUUAAAUGCUUUCUUAUUUAGUAGCAUUUGAUUUAAGAUUGAAGGGACACGAGUCUGUUAAUUUCUGACGUAACGCUCCCUUUGCAGUUUACGUAAUGAGGGCUUGCGAUGUGAUAUUGGAUAUUAUAGUCCACGUGUUGCAGCAAGUUGUUGUCACCGCCUGAGGUAUGCUUGCGGUGCGACGGGGGAGGGCGCGAUUGUCUGAUUGGCGGACUGAGUGUACAGCUGACUCAGCCCACCAAUCAGUGCUUGUCUACUCCCUCCGGCCCUGCCGUGAACAUACUUCAGGCGGUGAUUACCUGCCCGCGUACUUUAGGUAAAGUAAUACUCGUUUAUUACUAUGUAGAAAGAAAAUACUUACAGUUUCCCAAACGAAGUCAGGUCGACGCAAUGUUCGCUGCAGAAUGGUGCCCAUUCGAACGGACAAACUUAAUUUUAGUUUGACACCUCUUACAUUCAUGCCGUCCUUCACCCACAAUAAAGGCAAGAAAGGGAUAGCGGUUGUUUUAGUCUUGUCUAAUUAAAAUUAAGUUGGUGGUUGCCCGAAUCGGUACUAUUCGUCGCGCUGAAAACAACCUAAAGCAAAAAAAUAUAAAGUUGCAAGUUUUACCCGCUAGGAUGACAAAUAUUUCAAUAGCUUUAUUAACCUAGCUAUUGAAAUACUUGAUUUUGUACAGUUUUAUCCUUGAGAUUUAAUUUAUAAGUGUAUUUGUAGAAUUAGAGCUCUCUUGUAUGAAGCAGUUGAAGAUACGCUUAUGUUUUUAUUGAAAACUUAUUGUAAGUUAUGCUUAAGAGUUUAAUUGUGAAUUUUGAUACUAAUUUUAAUUUGUACAUGUGUGUUUGUUAUUGUUUGAAUUCAUUUUCGGUUUGUGGCCAUAUGCUCCCGAGUCUUAGCUCCAAAAGUAUGAAGGACCUUUCUUACUGGUUGCUUUCCUUUUUAUUAUAAUUUAUACUGGAUUUUAUCCUAUUUAUUUUUGAUACUUUUUAUGUACUUUUCUAUUAAAUUAUGCGUUUGUAAUAAGAUUUCUUCUACGCUUUAGAGUGUGAACUUUACACUACUUUUUCAUAUUGAACAAACUUUUUAUCUUAGGAUAGGGGCAUGUCCAAAGAUGUUUCGUACCUAAAGUCGCCAUAGAUGUGUAAAUAUUAUUUAUUUAUAAACGUAUGCACUCGUCAGCAUUUGUUAAAUACUUCUGUGUAUUUAAGCCGUUAUAAUUUUAAAAACUUAUGUCUAUGAAAGCAAGUGUUGCUAAUUUAGUUUAUUAGGAAAAUUCCAGUAAAUUCGAUUUUGAUGUCCUUUUCAGAUUACACGGUAUGUGUGCUUAUUUGAUUUAAAUAAAGCAUUUUUUU